AUGUCUUUUCACCUAUCUAUCUAUCUAUCUAUCUAUCUAUCUAUCUAUCUAUCUAUGUCUGUUCAUCUAUGUCAGACUGUUCUGUUAUUUAUAUAUCAUUCUAUAUCUGUACAUCUACCUAUUCAUAAAUAUAUCUAUCUCUUUCUGACUUCAUCUAUCUAUCAAUAUGUAUGUAUGUAUGUAUGUAUGUAUCUAUCUAUCUAUCUAUCUAUCUAUCUAUCUCAGACAGUUCAUCAAUCUAUUUAUAAUUCUAUCUAUCAUUCCAUGUCUGAUUGUCUAUUUAUUUAUGAAGCUAUCAUUCUAUGUGGGUCUUUUCAUCUAUCUAUCUAUCUAUCUAUCUAUCUAUCUAUCUAUCUAUCUAUGUCAUACUGUCUGUCUAUCUAUCUAUCUAUCUAUGUCAUACUAUCUAUCUAUCUAUCUAUCUAUCUAUCUAUCUAUCUAUCUAUGUCAUACUAUCUAUCUAUCUAUGUCAUACUAUUUAUCUAUCCAUCUAUCUAUCUAUCUUUCUAUCUAUCUAUGUCAUACUAUAUAUCUAUCUAUCUAUCUAUGUCAUACUGUCUAUCUAUCUAUCUAUCUAUCUAUCUAUGUCAUACUGUCUAUCUAUCUAUCUAUCUAUGCCAUACUGUCUAUCCAUCUAUCUAUCUAUGUCAUACUAUCUAUCUAUCUAUCUAUGUCAUACUAUCUAUCUAUCUAUCUAUGCCAUACUGUCUAUCUAUCUAUCUAUCAUGUCACAUUCAUUCAUCUAUCUAUGUCAUACUGUCAUCCAUCAUCUAUCUAUCUAUCUAUCUAUCUAUGCCAUACUGUCUAUCCAUCUAUCUAUCUAUCUAUGUCAUACUGUCUAUCUAUCUAUCUAUCUCUUCUCGCUUUAUUUUCGUACUCGAAACAUAA